CCCUGGAGAUAUUGAAAAAGAGACUGGAUGUGGCACUCAGUGCCAUGGUCUAGCAACCGCAACGGUGGUUCAAGGGUUGGACUCGAUGAUCUCUGAGGUCCCUUCCAACCCAGCCAAUUCUAUGAGUCUAUCAACCGCCAUUAUUACUCCACCCAACAUCCCUAACGGCUGCCGGCCCCACCCCCGCGGCCCGGGGCCGAACUGUCCCUCGGCGGCCGCCGUGGCGGUCAGGUGAGCGGCGUCACAUGACGGCGGCGGCAGCGGCUGCAGCGGCGGGGCGGAGUGCAGCAACCGCGGCGGCCUCCGAGUGCGCGGGCUCCCCCGGGCCGGCGGAGGGGCGGCCUCAGCCUCCUGCCUCCCACAGCACUCACCCGCCGGCGUGCCCCUGGGGUACACUUUAAUUAUCAGUCAAGAUGGAUAUCGGAGGUGCUGUAGAUGCUGCUGUCCCAACAAACAUCAUUGCUGCCAAAGCUGCUGAAGUUCGGGCAAACAAAGUAAACUGGCAGUCAUACCUCCAAGGGCAGAUGAUUUCUGGUGAAGACUGUGAAUUUAUUCAAAGAUUUGAACAGAAGAGAAAUCCAGAAGAAAAGCAGGAGUUGUUACAAACAGAAGGCAAUCAAUGUGCUAAAACAUUUAUAAACUUGAUGACUCACAUCUCCAAGGAACAGACCGUUCAGUACAUUCUGACUAUGAUUGAUGAUAUGCUGCAAGAAAAUCAUCAGCGUGUUUCUAUCUUCUUUGAUUAUGCAAAACGUGGUAAGAACACUGCAUGGUCUUAUUUUCUGCCAAUGUUGAAUCGACAGGAUCUUUUCACUGUGCAUAUGGCAGCAAGAAUUAUUGCCAAGCUGGCUGCGUGGGGGAGGGAACUUAUGGAAGGCAGUGACUUGAAUUACUAUUUCAACUGGAUUAAAACUCAGCUCAGUUCACAGAAACUACGUGGUACAGGAGGUUCUGUGGAAGCAGGUGCAGUCUCCACAAGUGAUAGCUCCCAGUAUGUACAGUGUGUUGCUGGAUGUCUGCAGCUGAUGCUCAGGGUCAAUGAAUAUCGCUUUGCGUGGGUAGAAGCAGAUGGAGUAAAUUGUAUCAUGGGGGUCUUGAGCAACAAAUGUGGCUUCCAGCUCCAGUAUCAGAUGAUUUUCUGUGUGUGGCUGCUGGCAUUUAGCCCUCAAAUGUGUGAAUAUCUCCGUCGCUACAAUAUUGUCCCAGUGCUGUCAGAUAUUCUCCAGGAAUCUGUCAAAGAAAAAGUGACUCGAAUCAUCCUUGCAGCAUUUCGGAAUUUGUUAGAGAAAUCUACUGAGAGAGAAACUCGCCAAGAAUAUGCUCUUGCCAUGAUUCAGUGUAAAGUUUUAAAGCAGCUAGAGAAUUUGGAUCAGCAGAAAUAUGAUGAUGAAGACAUAAGUGAAGAUAUUAAAUUUCUACUGGAGAAGCUUGGUGAGAGCGUGCAAGACCUUAGCUCCUUUGAUGAGUACAGUUCUGAGCUCAAGUCAGGAAGACUGGAAUGGAGUCCUGUACACAAGUCCGAGAAGUUUUGGAGGGAGAAUGCUGUAAGACUAAAUGAGAAGAAUUAUGAACUACUCAAAAUCCUGACAAAACUUCUGGAGGUUUCUGAUGACCCACAAGUGCUGGCUGUUGCUGCUCAUGAUGUGGGAGAAUACGUACGACACUAUCCCCGUGGGAAACGAGUGAUUGAACAGCUUGGUGGUAAACAGCUGGUGAUGAACCACAUGCAUCAUGAAGACCAACAAGUUCGUUAUAAUGCACUGCUGGCUGUGCAGAAGCUGAUGGUUCAUAACUGGGAAUACCUUGGAAAGCAGCUGCAGUCUGAAGAAUCUCAAACGGGUACAGCACGAAGCUAAACAGUUCUGUCAGUUCAUGCUUAUAACUACAGUAUGUUUGUCUUUAAAUUAAUGUCAAAGAAACACUGAAAUCACAUGUUCUUUGCCUGUUUUCCUUUCCAAGUUUCCUUUGGUGUUGUUGGCUUAGUAAAAAUGUCAACUAUUCUGAUGAUUAUGCCUGUUAGCUUCCUGUUAUAUUCUGAAUGUAUAUGAGGAAAUGUGGCUAAUAUAUUGCAUUUGUUUUAUGUAUUUAUUCUCAUAAUAAAGAAUGUUAUUAAAGGAUAUUCAUUACAUGUUAUAAUUAACCUAGAAAAGUUUUUGCCUCCAUUUAGUGGGUUAUCACUUUUGUCACUUUCAAAAAAAACCAGAGCAAGCAGUCCCUGUGUAUCUCCAGGCACAUUAAUAAAGUUUUGACUGUGUUCUGUAGGGAAUGCAAUAUCCUGAGAAACAUUGAUUAUCAUACUGAAAUACAUUCCAACUCUGAGAACAGUGCUAAAAUUGUAUAUAAAAAGCAAGUUUAUUUUUUGGGGGGGGGGGAUAGGUAGGGUACUUCUGUCUUCUUAGAGACUGUAUUAAAAAAUAUGGACAUGAGAAUAGGAAAAUGAAUAUUACAUGAAUGAAAAUUCAUACACUUAAAAUUAUUAGUAAAGUUGUAUAGCAUCAGUGUUAAGGCUGUAGAACAGAAUUCAAAUUUUGUCUUUUUUAAUAGCAGAUCAGCAUUGUAUCAGCAGUAACUGAUGAACUUGGAAUUAUAUUGUUUCAGUUAUUGAAAAUACUUGUAAAUGUUAGGGUUGUAAUGUCUAUCUAAAACCUGUUGUAUUUCCUUUAUAUUAAGCAAAAUAACUUGGCUAUCAAUGUUUUCUGUUUUGUAGCCCCUGAUAGUGAAAAAAAUGUAAGCAUCAAUAAAUCAAAGAUGUUACUGGA